AUGUCGCAUAACGCGUGUGCGCUGCACAAUGUGAGGGGAGCCAAGUCUGAGGGUCCUACUCGGCGUUGUUGCGUGGCGGCCGCGUAUUCCGCCGCAAAUGGCGCGGAUGGCGCGGAGGGGGGAAGGGUCGCAGGCGGUGUUGUGACGGAAACGAACAAUUCGACGGUUUCCGUUUACGACGCGGACGAGGAUGGAGGAGACGAACCGUUUAUGAGCCUUCCGAUAAGUUAUUACGAGGUGCUGAGAGUUCAUCCCGAGACCCCAACAGCCACCAUCGACCUCAUGCUCGACUCCAUGCUCGCCUCGCCGCCUCAAGAAGGCUUCACUGUCUCCGCCCUCACGGUCAGGGCGGAAGUUUUGGAGGCUGCCCGCGACACGCUACUGGACGUGGAGCUCCGGGCAGAGUAUGAUGAGGACCUGAAGGCAGCGGCUGCAGAGCAGCAGCAGGGGUUGGGGGGUGUGGGGAGGGGUGGAGGGGAGUACGGGGGCGAGACUGCGAUCAUGGUUGAUGUGCCAAUGAGCCGGGUGCCUGGCGUGUUGUGUCUGUUGCAAGAAGCCGGCCGCUCUGCUGACGUGGCAGAGGCGGGCCUCGACCUCCUCUCCCGCCCGGAUGGUGAUCCGGCUUUUCGUGCUGACGUGGCACUCGCCACAGCAUUGGCAUACUCGGACCUAUCGCGAGAUGCCAUGUCAGCAGAUCCGCCUGCAGUGGCACAGGGCUGCGAGCUGCUGGAAGCUGCGCUGAAGCUUCUGCAGGACGAGGGAGGGCCAAGCCUGGCGCCGUCCCUGCAGGCAGCAAUAGAGGACUCGCUGCGGGAGAUGGGUCCCACACGCGUGCUAGAGCUGCUGGCGCUGCCCCUGGACAAGGAGCACGAGGAGGCCCGGAGCGAGGGCAUACAGGCCAUGCGCGACCUCCUCUGGUCCCAAAGCCAAGACGGCGCACUCACAUUCACCUCUCAGGGCGGUUUCUCCCGCCAUGUGUUCAUGCGGGAGGCCUUCCUCCGCCUCACUACUUCCGAGCUCAUUGCCCAUUUCGCAGCCGCCCCGCCGCACGUGGAUGCCGGCAUCCUCGAGGCCUACUGGGUCGCGCUCGCCUUUGCCGGCCGGGGCUUCUUCCUGCGCCGCCCGGCCGACAUCGUCCAGUCUGACGCGCUGCUGAAAGAGUUGAACGAGUCCACCGCCGGAUCUGUCAGUAGAGAGGGCCAUGUGCGCGCUGCUGCUGGGGCAGGUGGGCGCGUGCAAGCGGUGGCUGGGCGUGCAU